AUGGUCAUUGAUUCCUGCGAAAUUUGGGAAUUGCCUGAAGUGUUCUACGAGCUGAUUCAUCUAACAAAGCUCAAAAUCACUAAUUGCCGCUGCUUCUUUGGUUCACCUGAAGCGAUUGAAAAUCUGAUCAGUUUAGAAGUGUUGAAGCUUGAGGGCUGUUUACAGAUUUCAAAGGUUCCAGACUCAAUUGGGAAUCUCAAGAAACUAAAAUUUCUUAAGAUUUCUUUGAAUUACAGGUUAAAGAAAUUGCCUGAACACAUGGAUCAGCUCAAGUGUCUGACACAUCUCAUCGUCAAUAAGUGUUGGCUGUCUGCCUGGCCUGAAUCGAUUGGAAAUUUGGUCAAUUUAGAAGUAUUGAGCCUAAGCGAAUGCACCCGCUUGUCAGAGUUGCCGGAGUCGAUUAGAAAUCUCCAAAAGUUAAACAUUCUUGACAUCGAUAUGUGCGUCAACCUCAAGGAGUUACCUGAACAUAUCGGUGAAUUGAAGAGAUUAAGCAACCUGCGAAUGUUUAAUUGUAGAGCGUUGAGAAAAUUGCCUCAUUCAGUUUCAGAUCUUGAGCAGUUAGAGGAACUGAGAUGCGAAAAAUGGGCUGUGACACAUCUAUGGACACCCUUGUUACCCUCUCUCAAGAACCUUCGCUUCGUGGUGUGGACGCUCGAUUCCAGUUAA